AUCGCCAGGAAGGUCUUGCUCAUCUUGCGCACUCCCUCUCCACUCGUCCAAUUUGCCAGCAACAGGCUGGCCCAAGGCUGACGCUCGUUUUCAGAGACUUUCUUUUGAAGAUGGUCAGGCAACGAGCUCAGAAGGAGCUGGAGAAUGGCAUAGGUGGUCGCUUUCGGGUCCCUGCCUCUUACUAUCUGGUUUUCCAAACUCUGUCCAUGUAAAACCAAGAAGUGCAUCACUUCUACCACCUGCAGUUUGAUCGUUUAUUUCUUAGCAAUGAGCAUCUUCGACAGCACCCUUCCAUUCACAAUCCAACUCUUGCAGAGUAGCUCAUAAGGUUGCACCUCUUGAUUGAUCCACCCAAAGGAAUGUCGACCUCAAGGGAUUGGAUGUUAAGAAGCGCCUCCCCAAAUAUGGAAACUUGCGGCCUAUCGCUGCCGGAAUUCAUAAGCUCCUGCAAUGGGUGUCACGAUGACCAGUAUGUGGCCGCUUGUAUCGACAGACCGCAACGACGUCGCAGCUGUAGGCUGGAUUUCGGGAAAUUCUGGCACGCACAAGAGCGGACUAAUUUGAGAGGGCGCGCAGGCCGCCAACACCAAGGUUAGACAGAGACAUGAGCUCGCCUACCGGCUUUGGCCCGAGCAGCAGGACGUAUAGCUAUGAGCAGCUCAUGGAGCAGACCAGGAGAGUUGCGGAAGGCCUAGAGGAGCGAGGAGUAGCAUCGGACGACGUGCACGUGGUCAUGUCUCCAGCACCGAAGCUGCCUGAGGUUAACUGAACAAGCCAGGAGCCAGCGCAGCAGCCCUUGACAAGGAACUGCUGGUUUUGAACUUUUCAAAGUCGUAGCAAAACUAUAUACACAUCCAAUAACACCAAUCAAACCCUGUUGGCGGCAAUCAACAAGGACGGCUGGUUGCUGACGUGUGACGUGGCAAACGUCAGCGAGGGCGGGGAAGAGUUUCUCAUGGAUCGCGUCAAGAAGCUCAUCAAAGACAAGGGCUCUCAGGUUCCGGUGGAGCUGGAGGCUCUCCUAGUCGACCGCCCCGUAGUCGUGGACGCAACAGUUAUUGGAAUUUGGGAGAGCCGCACUGGGCUUCUUCCGAACAGCAGAUGGGUUCACGUUCACCGAGGAGGAGGUACAUCGCCAAGCAAGCCGUCUACUACAAGAGGCUGAGCGCAAUUGAGUUCGUAGAGAAAGUUUCGAUUCCGACUGCGGGUAAGAUUCUGAGGAAGGGAAUAAGGCCAAGGUCGCAGCAAGGAUCAGGACGAGCAACGUGUGACCGCAGUCCGUGGUUAAUCAUACCGUCGGACUCAUUCAUGUGGGCUCUACAAUAGCCGCUAGACCUGAGGUCUACAAUAUUGGGCCAAAGCGUUUUCUGUCACUAAUAGCUCCUCAACAGUGCUUGCGCGGGUUUUGUCGAAACGAGUUCGCUUCAUGAUCUCAUGAGAGGCAAUGUAUAUUCGUACAGCGAAUAGGACUUACUGAUCGGUAGUGCGUUUGUCAAAAGACGCGACGCGAGAAGCAAUGGGCUGCCCAGACGGCCGACUUGAAAACAAAUAUAUUGUAUGAUGUCAGUCGGCCUCAUAAUCAGGGACACGCAUGCAGCUAGCCAUAGUUAGGCUCGAUGGCCCGCCGCCCCGGCCAGAGGGUACGACGGUAGGAUACUCAACGGACUCAACAGAAACGUUGGAUCUUGAAUUCAAUAUUGCUCCAUCAUGAC